AUGAGAUUCAAUUUCGCGACCGCCGCAGUGCUCGCCCUCGGCGCACAGUCUGUCACCGCCAGCACCUGGUUCAGCAAAGCUGCUUACAACAAAUGGCAUGAGACCGAGUUGGAGAGAUGGCUCUCUGACCACGACGUUCCUUACCCCACCCCUGCCGACCGCAAGGACCUCGUCGACCUGGUCAAGAACAACUGGAACGACAAGGUUGCUCAGCCCUACAACACCUGGGACACCAACCAGCUCCAGAACUACAUCACAAGCUCUGGCCAGCAGGUCAAGAAGGGCACUGAGCAGAACAAGGACAGCCUUGUUAGCCAGGUCAAGUCGUACUGGCACGAAACUGCCGACCAAGCCUCGGACGCCUAUGCGUCAGUCCAGGACUGGGUCUUCGACAGCUGGACCGACUCGCAGCUCAAGGCUUUCCUUGACUACCACAGCAUUCCCAACCCUUCUCCUCGCUCCCGUGAUACUCUGCUCCACUCUGCUCGUUCCAACUACCAAUCUGUCGCCAAGAAGGCUGGCGAGACCACUGCCUACCCCGGCAACUGGCUCUACUCUUCGUGGGCUGACUCUGACCUCAAGUCCUGGCUCGAUGAGCGUGGCAUUCCCGUUCCUCAGCCCAGCUCUCGUGACAAGAUGAUUGCUGCCCUUCGCCGCAACGCUCGCACCGCUGCCAACCAAGCUUCCAAGGCCGCCGCCUCUGCUUCUGCUUCUGCCGCCGGUGCCCAGCAGUCUCUGUCUGAGCAGCUCCUCAACUCUUGGUCUGACAGCCAGCUCAAGCAGUGGUUUGACAAGAACGGCAUCAAGGUUCCCCAGGGCUCCAAGCGCAACGAGUUGAUCGCUCUUGCCCGCAAGCACAGCGCUAAGCUCUCUGGUGACAACUCUGCCUCUUCCCUUUCUGGCGCUGCUGCCCAGUCCGCUCACUCCGCUACCAACGCCGCUGGCAGCCAAUUCGCAUCUGCCACCGACACUGUCUACGGUUCUGCUCAGUACUGGUUCGACUGGGCCAAGGCUCAGGUUGGCAUCGGUGGUGAGGAGGCCAAGGCUUCUCUCGCUUCCAUCUCCAGCGUUGCCUCUGCUUCUGCCUCCUCCCUUUCCAGCGUUGCCUCUGUUUCUGGUUCUUCCGGCUACAACGCUGCCACCGACGCAGCUGCUGCUUCCGCCUCGUCCGCUUCCAGCGUCGCUGGUGACUACGCCAACGAUGCCUACGAUGCUGCUGCCGCUUCUGGCAAGUCUGCAACUGACGCCGCUGGCAAGUCGGCCUCCUCCCUCAGCGGUGCAGCUGCCAAGUCUGCCUCAUCUGCCUCGAGCGCCGCUUCGGUUGCUGCUUCCAAGUCGUCCUCGUCUCUCUCGAGCGCCGCUGCCAAGUCUGCCUCAUCCGUUUCGGCUUCGGGCCCCAAGUCAGCUAGCAGCGCUGCCAGCAGUGCCUCCAAGGGUGCCGCUGGUUACGCCCAGCAGGCUGCUGAUGCCGUCAACGAGGGCGCUAGCUCAGCCAAGCACAAGGCUUCCGAGGCUGCCCAGAAGGCCACCGACCGCGUUAAGGAGGAGCUUUAA